AUGGUAACUCAUGAUGAACCGUUUUCCAAUCAUCAGUCUACGAUCUGCAGCACAUGGGGAAAUUUCCACUUCAAGACCUUUGAUGGUUAUUUCUUUCAAUGGCCAGACACGUGUAACUACGUUCUGGCGAUGAUGUGCAGCAGUGUUUCUGAUUUUAACAUCCAAAUGCAAAGAAAGAUUGUAAAUGAUUCAAUCAGUUUCAGCACAGUCACAGUGGAGUUGGAGGGGACAGUCAUCAAACUUAGUAAUGGUAAAACCACCAUGGAUGGCCAAGUGGUGUCUAAUGCAACCUAUAAGUAUGGAAUUACAAUCGAGCUAAGCGCAUCAAGUGUUAAGAUCUCUAACAAACAUGGAUUGACUGUCAUUUGGGAGGAAGGUCACUCUGUAUUGAUUGAACUUCCCCUAAAGUACCAAGACAAGAUCUGCGGGCUGUGUGGAAACUUCAAUGGAGACGACACUGAUGAUUUAAGUGUUGAUGGUCCAUACACAUGGAAGGUGUCUACACAAACUGAAUCCUGUGAGGAAGUUGUAUUUCAACCCAACGAUCAGUGUAAAAACCAGACAAGCAUUUGUCAGCAGUUUCUCAGCAGUUCAAGUUUUGAUGACUGUCAUCGUGUGUUGGACAUGAAUGCAUUUGAAAAGGCCUGUGUAAAUGACCUAUGUCAAUGUUUCGGCAACCCUGACUGUCUCUGCAACACACUCACAGAGAUUUCAAGACAGUGCACACAUGCAGGUGGCAGGCCGGGAAAAUGGAGAACACAGCACCUUUGUCCAAAGACAUGUUCACAAAAAAUGGAAUACCUGGAGUGUGGUGGUCCAUGCAAGAACACCUGCACAGACCCACAAGGAAGCCUGCUGUGUAAAGAACACUGUGUGAAUGGCUGUUUCUGCCCUGAGGGCACUGUGGAAGAUGACAUCGGUCACAAGGGUUGUAUAGAUGUGAGUGAGUGCCCAUGUGAGCACAAUAACAUUAUAUACCAGUCAGGACAGUCAUAUACGCAAGCAUGUAAAACAUGUGUGUGUGCUGCUGGAUAUUGGAGUUGCACAGAUCGUGAAUGUCCUGGAAUCUGCUCUGUUGUGGGAGGGUCUCACAUCACCACUUAUGAUGGAAAAAGCUUCACAUUCAGUGGCAACUGUGACUAUGUCCUCACUAAGCACUCCAGUGAUAGUGAUAUUGCUGUUCUGGGAAAUCUGGCAAAGUGUGAUCAGACCCCAGCAGACACAUGUUUAAAGUCUGUUACCCUUGUUUUCUCAGGGACCACUAUUCGUAUUUCCUCCAGUGGGAUCGUGACACUGAGUGACAACCAACACAGUCUUCCUUACCGCAAAGAUGGUGUGGUCAUCUUCCAGCCCUCUUCCUCUUUCAUAAUUGCUGAUAUGAAGAGUCUUCGUCUAGAGAUCCAGUUGGCUCCAGUCAUGCAGCUGUAUAUUGUAGCCAGCUCUGAAGAGAGAAAGAAGCUGAAUGGUCUGUGUGGGAACUACAACAAUGUCCAAAAAGAUGACUUUAAAACAGCAUCAGACAUUAUAGAAGGGACACCAACAACUUUUGUCAACUUUUGGAAACGCGAGAUCAGUUGUCCAGAUCUUAAAAACACAUUUAUUUCAGAAAGCCCCUGUAGCAUGAGUAUGGAAGCAGAAAAACUAGCUAAAGAAUGGUGCUCCCGUCUUACAAAACCAAAUGGAAUCUUUGCUUCAUGUCACUCAGAAAUAUGUCCUGUGAUUUAUUAUGAAUGGUGUGUCUAUGACACCUGUAAGUGUGCAGAUAUUAAGAAGUGUAUGUGUGCAUCCCUGUCCACCUAUGCCCACGCCUGUGCUGCCAGAGGAGUCAUUCUCAAGGGAUGGAUGGAUUCAGACCCUUGUGACACGAUUCCUAAUUGUUCAAACAACAUGAAGUACUCCUACAGCGUGACCAGCUGUGGAAACACCUGCAGUGCUCUCAGUGGACUGGACUACACAUGCAAUGUGUCCUACACGCCUUUAGAUGGCUGUGUCUGUCCAGAGCGCACCUACCUCAAUGAAGGCAGAUGUGUGCGUGCUGACCAGUGUCCCUGUUACUAUGACAACCAGGUUAUAGAGCCAUUAAAGACAAUCGACAUAAAUGGUGCAAAAUGCACCUGCAGUCAUGGCAAAUUAGACUGCCCCAGACAGGCGGACUGUAAGGCUCCAAUGGUCUUCUUCAACUGCUCAAAUUAUGAAGCAGACCAAAAGGGUACAGAGUGUCAAAGGACAUGUCAGAACCAAGACCCAAACAAUUGUGUGAGCACAGGGUGUGUAUCAGGGUGUAUGUGCCCAAAUAACCUUCUGGCUGACGGUACAGGGUGUGUGGAGAAGCAAAACUGUUCCUGUAUUCUUAAUGGAGUAACCUUUUCACCUGGGAAGCAAAUUCGACAGGACUGUAAUACUUGCACUUGCAAAGAUGGCAUUUGGACUUGUACAGAAAAGAUAUGCCAUGGCACGUGUACCAUUUAUGGUGAAGGUCAUUUCAAGACAUUUGACGGAAAGAUAUUUUCCUUCCACAAAGACUGUGAAUACAUCUUAGCUCAUGAUAACUGCUAUAUGGACAACAGUCCCUCUUUCCGCCUUGUCACAGAGAACAUCCCCUGUGGCACCACAAAUUCCAUUUGCUCCAAGUCCAUCAGUCUCUCUUUUGGGAGAUACAAGGUGAUUUUAUCUCAAGAAAAUGGAUACAAAGUUGUUGAGAGUAACGGCACUGAUUACCAGUAUUAUAUCCAAUCUGUUGGGAUCUACAUUGUCAUAGAGGUCAGAGAUCUUUUAAACUUAAUAUGGGACAAUAAAACAAGUCUGAUGCUCCAACUCCAUCCCAGCUUAAAGAGCAAGGUGUGUGGACUGUGUGGAAACUUUGAUGGUAAUGCAAAUAAUGAUUUUAUGAAGCAUGAUGGACAAGAGGUGACAGAUGCAGUGAUAUUUGGCAACAGCUGGAAGGUGAAUCCCAGCUGCCCAGAUGUGACAGAUAUGUUGGACCCUUGUAAAAAAAAUCCACAUCGGCGUGCUUGGGCUGAAAAACAAUGCAGCAUAAUCAAAAGUGAUGUCUUUGCAGAUUGUCUUUUACUUGUGAACCCUGUCCCAUAUUCUGAUGCCUGUGUACAGGAUACCUGUGCAUGUGACACAGGGGGUGACUGCGAUUGCUUCUGUACCGCAGUUGCAGCCUAUGCAGCUGAAUGUCGUAAAAAGGGAGUUUGUGUGGCAUGGCGGACCCCAAGCAUUUGCCCUUUAUUCUGUGACUACUACAACAAUCACUACUACAACAAUCUUGGAGAAUGUACAUGGCAUUAUAAACCCUGUGGAUCUUGCAUAAAAACUUGCAGAAACAGCCAGGGAACCUGCCCUGAUCAAAUUCCACCCCUCGAAGGAUGCUUUCCUGAGUGCCCUUCUGAAACACUUCUGAAGGAGGACACAAUGGAGUGUGUUCCUGAAAUAAAUUGUAAUUUUACAACAACAACUGUAACAUCAACACCUACAUCAACAACAACACCAUCUACAACUAGUACAACCACAUCAGAGACACCUACAGUCACGUCCAUGACUACUACAACAACUGUAACAUCAACACCUACAUCAACAACAACACCAUCUACAAUUAGUACAACCACUGGGACAACUACACCCACAUCAACAGAGACAUCUUCAACCAUGUCCACGACUACUACAACUACUGUAACACCAACAACUACACUGACAGAAACAACACCCACUACCACUAUAACAACAACAACAACACCCUGCGUGAGUGUUGAAAGUUGUAUCUGGUCAGAAUGGUUUAGUAACAGCAUUCCCAGUAAAGAACCAUAUGGAUUUGAAAAAGAACCAAUCAAUGCUUUAUGGACAUCACAACGUAUAACCUGCCAGAGUCCAGAAAACAUUGAAUGUAGGGCAGUAAAUUAUCCUGAAAUGUCCUUGGAAGAUUUGGGACAAAUACAGUAUUGCAAUACUUCCUAUGGACUGGAAUGCUCCAACGAAGAAAAUACAAAUGCAGAGCGAAAAAUACCAGUAUGUUAUGAUUAUGAAAUACGUGUAAGAUGUUGUCAAGACACUUGUAUAGAAACAACAACACCAUCUACAACUACUACAACCACAUCAACAGAGACACCUACAACCACGUCCAUGACUACUACAACAACUGUAACAUCAACACCUACAUCAACAACAACACCAUCUACAAUUAGUACAACCACUGGGACAACUACACCCACAUCAACAGAGACAUCUUCAACCAUGUCCACGACUACUACAACUACUGUAACACCAACAACUACACCGACAGAAACAACACCCACUACCACUAUAACAACAACAACAACACCCUGCGUGAGUGUUGAAAGUUGUAUCUGGUCAGAAUGGUUUAGUAACAGCAUUCCCAGUAAAGAACCAUAUGGAUUUGAAAAAGAACCAAUCAAUGCUUUAUGGACAUCACAACGUAUAACCUGCCAGAGUCCAGAAAACAUUGAAUGUAGGGCAGUAAAUUAUCCUGAAAUGUCCUUGGAAGAUUUGGGACAAAUACAGUAUUGCAAUACUUCCUAUGGACUGGAAUGCUCCAACGAAGAAAAUACAAAUGCAGAGCGAAAAAUACCAGUAUGUUAUGAUUAUGAAAUACGUGUAAGAUGUUGUCAAGACACUUGUAUAGAAACAACAACACCAUCUACAACUACUACAACCACAUCAACAGAGACACCUACAACCACGUCCAUGACUACUACAACAACUGUAACAUCAACACCUACAUCAACAACAACACCAUCUACAAUUAGUACAACCACUGGGACAACUACACCCACAUCAACAGAGACAUCUUCAACCAUGUCCACGACUACUACAACUACUGUAACACCAACAACUACACCGACAGAAACAACACCCACUACCACUAUAACAACAACAACAACACCCUGCGUGAGUGUUGAAAGUUGUAUCUGGUCAGAAUGGUUUAGUAACAGCAUUCCCAGUAAAGAACCAUAUGGAUUUGAAAAAGAACCAAUCAAUGCUUUAUGGACAUCACAACGUAUAACCUGCCAGAGUCCAGAAAACAUUGAAUGUAGGGCAGUAAAUUAUCCUGAAAUGUCCUUGGAAGAUUUGGGACAAAUACAGUAUUGCAAUACUUCCUAUGGACUGGAAUGCUCCAACGAAGAAAAUACAAAUGCAGAGCGAAAAAUACCAGUAUGUUAUGAUUAUGAAAUACGUGUAAGAUGUUGUCAAGACACUUGUAUAGAAACAACAACACCAUCUACAACUAGUACAACCACAUCAGAGACACCUACAAUCACAUCCACGACUACUACAACAACUGUAACAUCAACACCUACAUCAACAACAACACCAUCUACAAUUAGUACAACCACUGGGACAACUACACCCACAUCAACAGAGACAUCUUCAACCAUGUCCACGACUACUACAACUACUGUAACACCAACAACUACACUGACAGAAACAACACCCACUACCACUAUAACAACAACAACAACACCCUGCGUGAGUGUUGAAAGUUGUAUCUGGUCAGAAUGGUUUAGCAACAGCAUUCCCAGUAAAGAACCAUAUGGAUUUGAAAAAGAACCAAUCAAUGCUUUAUGGACAUCACAACGUAUAACCUGCCAGAGUCCAGAAAACAUUGAAUGUAGGGCAGUAAAUUAUCCUGAAAUGUCCUUGGAAGAUUUGGGACAAAUACAGUAUUGCAAUACUUCCUAUGGACUGGAAUGCUCCAACGAAGAAAAUACAAAUGCAGAGCGAAAAAUACCAGUAUGUUAUGAUUAUGAAAUACGUGUAAGAUGUUGUCAAGACACUUGUAUAGAAACAACAACACCAUCUACAACUACUACAACCACAUCAACAGAGACACCUACAACCACGUCCACGACUACUACAACAACUGUAACAUCAACACCUACAUCAACAACAACACCAUCUACAAUUAGUACAACCACUGGGACAACUACACCCACAUCAACACAGACAUCUUCAACCAUGUCCACGACUACUACAACUACUGUAACACCAACAACUACACUGACAGAAACAACACCCACUACCACUAUAACAACAACAACAACACCCUGCGUGAGUGUUGAAAGUUGUAUCUGGUCAGAAUGGUUUAGUAACAGCAUUCCCAGUAAAGAACCAUAUGGAUUUGAAAAAGAACCAAUCAAUGCUUUAUGGACAUCACAACGUAUAACCUGCCAGAGUCCAGAAAACAUUGAAUGUAGGGCAGUAAAUUAUCCUGAAAUGUCCUUGGAAGAUUUGGGACAAAUACAGUAUUGCAAUACUUCCUAUGGACUGGAAUGCUCCAACGAAGAAAAUACAAAUGCAGAGCGAAAAAUACCAGUAUGUUAUGAUUAUGAAAUACGUGUAAGAUGUUGUCAAGACACUUGUAUAGAAACAACAACACCAUCUACAACUACUACAACCACAUCAACAGAGACACCUUCAACCACGUCCACACCUACUACAACAACUGUAACAUCAACACCUACAUCAACACCAACACCAUCUACAAUUAGUACAACCACUGGGACAACUACACCCACAUCAACACAGACAUCUUCAACCAUGUCCACGACUACUACAACUACUGUAACAUCAACAACUACACCGACAGAAACAACACCCACUACCGCUAUAACAACAACAACAAAACCCUGCGUGAGUGUUGAAAGUUGUAUCUGGUCAGAAUGGUUUAGUAACAGCAUUCCCAGUAAAGAACCAUAUGGAUUUGAAAAAGAACCAAUCAAUGCUUUAUGGACAUCACAACGUAUAACCUGCCAGAGUCCAGAAAACAUUGAAUGUAGGGCAGUAAAUUAUCCUGAAAUGUCCUUGGAAGAUUUGGGACAAAUACAGUAUUGCAAUACUUCCUAUGGACUGGAAUGCUCCAACGAAGAAAAUACAAAUGCAGAGCGAAAAAUACCAGUAUGUUAUGAUUAUGAAAUACGUGUAAGAUGUUGUCAAGACACUUGUAUAGAAACAACAACACCAUCUACAACUACUACAACCACAUCAACAGAGACACCUACAACCACGUCCACGACUACUACAACAACUGUAACAUCAACACCUACAUCAACAACAACACCAUCUACAAUUAGUACAACCACUGGGACAACUACACCCACAUCAACAGAGACAUCUUCAACCAUGUCCACGACUACUACAACUACUGUAACACCAACAACUACACUGACAGAAACAACACCCACUACCACUAUAACAACAACAACAACACCCUGCGUGAGUGUUGAAAGUUGUAUCUGGUCAGAAUGGUUUAGUAACAGCAUUCCCAGUAAAGAACCAUAUGGAUUUGAAAAAGAACCAAUCAAUGCUUUAUGGACAUCACAACGUAUAACCUGCCAGAGUCCAGAAAACAUUGAAUGUAGGGCAGUAAAUUAUCCUGAAAUGUCCUUGGAAGAUUUGGGACAAAUACAGUAUUGCAAUACUUCCUAUGGACUGGAAUGCUCCAACGAAGAAAAUACAAAUGCAGAGGGAAAAAUACCAGUAUGUUAUGAUUAUGAAAUACGUGUAAGAUGUUGUCAAGACACUUGUAUAGAAACAACAACACCAUCUACAACUACUACAACCACAUCAACAGAGACACCUACAACCACGUCCAUGACUACUACAACAACUGUAACAUCAACACCUACAUCAACAACAACACCAUCUACAAUUAGUACAACCACUGGGACAACUACACCCACAUCAACAGAGACAUCUUCAACCAUGUCCACGACUACUACAACUACUGUAACACCAACAACUACACCGACAGAAACAACACCCACUACCACUAUAACAACAACAACAACACCCUGCGUGAGUGUUGAAAGUUGUAUCUGGUCAGAAUGGUUUAGUAACAGCAUUCCCAGUAAAGAACCAUAUGGAUUUGAAAAAGAACCAAUCAAUGCUUUAUGGACAUCACAACGUAUAACCUGCCAGAGUCCAGAAAACAUUGAAUGUAGGGCAGUAAAUUAUCCUGAAAUGUCCUUGGAAGAUUUGGGACAAAUACAGUAUUGCAAUACUUCCUAUGGACUGGAAUGCUCCAACGAAGAAAAUACAAAUGCAGAGGGAAAAAUACCAGUAUGUUAUGAUUAUGAAAUACGUGUAAGAUGUUGUCAAGACACUUGUAUAGAAACAACAACACCAUCUACAACUAGUACAACCACAUCAGAGACACCUACAAUCACAUCCACGACUACUACAACAACUGUAACAUCAACACCUACAUCAACAACAACACCAUCUACAAUUAGUACAACCACUGGGACAACUACACCCACAUCAACAGAGACAUCUUCAACCAUGUCCACGACUACUACAACUACUGUAACACCAACAACUACACUGACAGAAACAACACCCACUACCACUAUAACAACAACAACAACACCCUGCGUGAGUGUUGAAAGUUGUAUCUGGUCAGAAUGGUUUAGUAACAGCAUUCCCAGUAAAGAACCAUAUGGAUUUGAAAAAGAACCAAUCAAUGCUUUAUGGACAUCACAACGUAUAACCUGCCAGAGUCCAGAAAACAUUGAAUGUAGGGCAGUAAAUUAUCCUGAAAUGUCCUUGGAAGAUUUGGGACAAAUACAGUAUUGCAAUACUUCCUAUGGACUGGAAUGCUCCAACGAAGAAAAUACAAAUGCAGAGCGAAAAAUACCAGUAUGUUAUGAUUAUGAAAUACGUGUAAGAUGUUGUCAAGACACUUGUAUAGAAACAACAACACCAUCUACAACUACUACAACCACAUCAACAGAGACACCUACAACCACGUCCACGACUACUACAACAACUGUAACAUCAACACCUACAUCAACAACAACACCAUCUACAAUUAGUACAACCACUGGGACAACUACACCCACAUCAACACAGACAACUUCAACCAUGUCCACGACUACUACAACUACUGUAACACCAACAACUACACUGACAGAAACAACACCCACUACCACUGUAACAACAACAACAACACCCUGCGUGAGUGUUGAAAGUUGUAUCUGGUCAGAAUGGUUUAGUAACAGCAUUCCCAGUAAAGAACCAUAUGGAUUUGAAAAAGAACCAAUCAAUGCUUUAUGGACAUCACAACGUAUAACCUGCCAGAGUCCAGAAAACAUUGAAUGUAGGGCAGUAAAUUAUCCUGAAAUGUCCUUGGAAGAUUUGGGACAAAUACAGUAUUGCAAUACUUCCUAUGGACUGGAAUGCUCCAACGAAGAAAAUACAAAUGCAGAGCGAAAAAUACCAGUAUGUUAUGAUUAUGAAAUACGUGUAAGAUGUUGUCAAGACACUUGUAUAGAAACAACAACACCAUCUACAACUACUACAACCACAUCAACAGAGACACCUACAACCACGUCCACGACUACUACAACAACUGUAACAUCAACACCUACAUCAACACCAACACCAUCUACAAUUAGUACAACCACUGGGACAACUACACCCACAUCAACACAGACAUCUUCAACCAUGUCCACGACUACUACAACUACUGUAACAUCAACAACUACACUGACAGAAACAACACCCACUACCACUAUAACAACAACAACAACACCCUGCGUGAGUGUUGAAAGUUGUAUCUGGUCAGAAUGGUUUAGUAACAGCAUUCCCAGUAAAGAGCCAUAUGGAUUUGAAAAAGAACCAAUCAAUGCUUUAUGGACAUCACAACGUAUAACCUGCCAGAGUCCAGAAAACAUUGAAUGUAGGGCAGUAAAUUAUCCUGAAAUGUCCUUGGAAGAUUUGGGACAAAUACAGUAUUGCAAUACUUCCUAUGGACUGGAAUGCUCCAACGAAGAAAAUACAAAUGCAGAGCGAAAAAUACCAGUAUGUUAUGAUUAUGAAAUACGUGUAAGAUGUUGUCAAGACACUUGUAUAGAAACAACAACACCACCUACAACUAGUACAACCACAUCAACAGAGACACCUACAACCACGUCCACGACUACUACAACAACUGUAACAUCAACACCUACAUCAACAACAACACCAUCUACAAUUAGUACAACCACUGGGACAACUACACCCACAUCAACACAGACAUCUUCAACCAUGUCCACGACUACUACAACUACUGUAACAUCAACAACUACACUGACAGAAACAACACCCACUACCACUAUAACAACAACAACAACACCCUGCUACAACCACUGGGAGAACUACACCCACAUCAACACAGACAUCUUCAACCAUGUCCACGACUACUACAACUACUGUAACAUCAACAACUACACCGACAGAAACAACACCCACUACCGCUAUAACAACAACAACAAAACCCUGCAAACAACAACACCAUCUACAACUAGUACAACCACAUCAACAGAGACACCUACAAUCACGUCCAUGACUACUACAUCAACUGUAACAUCAACACCUACAUCAACAACAACACCAUCUACAAUUAGUACAACCACUGGGACAACUACACCCACAUCAACAGAGACAUCUUCAACCAUGUCCACGACUACUACAACAACUGUAACAUCAACACCUACAUCAACAACAACACCAUCUACAAUUAGUACAACCACUGGGACAACUACAUCCACAUCAACAGAGACAUUAUCAACCAUGUCCACGACUACUACAACAAAUGUAACAUCAACACCUACAUCAACAACACCAUCUACAACAAGUACAAUCACUGGAACAACUACACCCACAUCAACAAAGAAAUCUACGACCAAGUCCACUACUACAACUACUACUAAUACUACAUCCACUACUACUAUGACAAGUACUGUGACACCAACAUCUUCAACUACUAUGCCUUCUUCAACUAAUUUCACUGUGCACACCGAGACGCCUUUCAACUUCACAACACGAGGACCUCAAGUAUAUAUCUCCACCAGCACACCUGUCCCAUGUUCCCAGAAGUGUGACCCAAAGGACCCAUUCAUAUCUAAAUGUGCCAAUGGACUUAAAGCUGAGAAGGUGUAUUACAACAAUGGCUGCUGCAAGUAUGAAUGUGCAUGUAAAUGCAGUGGCUGGGGUGACCCUCAUUACCAAACUUUCGAUGGAACAUAUUAUGAUUUCCAAGGAAACUGCACCUAUGUGUUGGUCCAAGAAAUCAUCCCAAGAUACAAUAUCAGUGUCCAUGCUAAAAACUAUUAUUGUGACUCAGCACAACAUCUAGCUUGCCCUGAGUAUGUGAUUGUGAAUUACAAAUCCUAUAAAAUCAAGCUGACAAGCAACACUAAAGUUGUAAAGGUCUAUGUUGAUGAUGAUGCGACGCGACUAACAUUCAUUAAUGAAGACUUCACUAUCACCACUUCUGGCAUAGGAGUUCUUGUGAACAUCUCUGAGAUUAAAGCUGAGAUUUUUGUCUCUCUUACAAACUUUCAUAUCAAACUUUCAUCAUCCUACUUUCAUGAUAAUACAGAGGGACAAUGUGGGGUUUGUAACAAUAACACCAAAGAUGACUGUAGACGUCCUAAUGGAACAAUCGCCACAUCAUGUGAAAACAUGGCAGGGUUGUGGAUGGUACCACCAGGAUGCAAUGUAACUACAAUUACUAAUGUAACUGAUUGUAUACAGCAAGUGAACACCUCCUGUGAGGUCAUCAAGGGCAAUUUGUUUAAGGAAUGCCACAAGGUCGUUCCUUAUGAAAGUUAUUACCAGGCAUGCAAGUUUGAUGUGUGCCACAUAGGAAAUGCGUCUGCUUGCUCCAGUCUGGAGGCAUACGCCCAGUUAUGUCGCCAGUAUUCUGUCUGUGUGGACUGGAGAAACUCAGCUGAACUCAAAGGGCUAUGUGCAUACAAUUGCACCAAAGGCAAAGUCUACAAGGCAUGUGGUCCCAAAAUUACACAAACCUGCAGUACUAGUUCCAAUUAUAUGGUUUUGGGGGGGAUAUGUCAAGGAGAAGAUUGUAAUGAAAUGUCAAUGGAAGGUUGUUACUGUCCUGAUAACACAUAUCUGGUUAAUCUAACAUCAGAUAUAUGUACAAAUUACUGUGAAUGCAUUGGCCCUGAUGGAUCACCAAAACAGCCCGGGGAAACAUGGAUCAAUAACUGUGAUACAUACAAUUGCACUAAUAUGGGCAUUCGUGUAAAAUUGCCUCGCAACUGUCCACCUCUAGAGCAAUGUGGCAAAGGAUACAAAAACAUCACAGAAAACUGCUGCCAAACCUGUGUGUGUGAUUUCGAGCAGUGUUUUAAGAACAGAUGUGAGGUGGGAUAUGAGUUUGCAGUAAAUAAAACUGAGGGCAGUUGCUGUCCACCCUGUGUGCCCAAAGAUGUCUGUGUGUACAAUAACACUGAGUACAAGCCUGGCGUAACAAUCCCCUCAGACCCAUGUGUGGAAUGUAACUGUAAAAUGGAAAAAGACCCGCUGACUAAACCACAUGUUGUGACUUGUGUUAGUAAAGUCUGCACACCUUGCCCUCGGGGGUUUGAAAAUGUGAAACAACAAGGAGAGUGCUGUGGAACAUGUAAGCCAACAGGCUGCACUUAUGAUGUAAACAAUGCCAGCCAUGUUCUCAAGAUUGGAGAAGUGCAGAAUUUCACAUGUGAAACUAUUUCCUGCCGCACAGUGAAUGGCUCGUUUGUUAUAGAGAAGACCAAAACAAAAUGCACUGUCUCCAGUCAAGCUGACUGUAAGCCUGGGUCUGAAUAUGUGAAACAAGAAGGAGAUUGCUGUGGAACAUGUGAGCCCAUGAACUGCGUUCGAGUGACGAACACCACCCAUAUGUAUGUAAAUAAUUGUAAAUCCACCAUGACUGUUGAAGUGCCGUUCUGCAGUGGCCACUGUGACACCCAAUCAAUGUAUUCAAUGCAAAAGGACAAAAUGAUGCACAGCUGUUCAUGUUGCCGAGAGGAGAAAACCAGCCGUAAAGAGGUGAAGCUGAAGUGUCCCGAUGACAGUGAGAUCCUUUAUUACUACGACUAUGUUGAAAGCUGCAGAUGCACUCCAACAGAGUGUGAAAACCAGAAGACUUACGGAUAAAUGAUCUUGUUAAAUAUCUGCCAUUAAACUUGAUUAUUGCAGAUUUGAUCAUAACUGAAUCUGUCACGCUGAGUAAGACAACUAUGAUUUAAAAAAUACAUAUAACAGGAAAUUGCAAUUCUGAUGAUUUAAACUGUGUGAGACUUUUGCAGUGCAUAAAUGGCAAACAUUAUUAUGGCCUUUAUGUUUUCUUCACUUUUUUUAAUUAAGGGGACUGGGGGCAUUUCGAGAUUUAAUUUCUUCUUUCUUGCUUUAUUAUGCUCUCUGGUAAUGUGUAAUUUAAUGAUACAUAUUUCCUUGUAAUAAAAUUUAUUAUGAUCACAAUAAAGCAAGCAACAA